CAGGAAUACAACCGAUGGCCUCCUCCCCCCACCUCAAGAACCCUCGCUCGUCGGCCUCCGCGGCCCCGGCGGCGAGGGACUGGGCUUCGCUGCCCCCGGACAUCCUCAUCUCUGUCUUCCUCAUGCUGGGGCCCGCGGAGAUCAUGCGGGGCGCGGAGCGCGCCUGCGCCGCCUGGCGGCGCGUCGCCGUCGACGAUCCGGCCCUGUGGCGGCGCAUCGACAUGGGCACGGGAGUCUUGCCGUUUUCCUCCGGCGGACGGGCGGCAGUGCACGCUGCCAUGGAUCGCGCCGCCGGGGAGUGCGAAGCCUUCUCGGGGCCCUGCGACAACCACUUGCUGUUCUACCUGGUUCGAAGAGCACCCUCCCUGAAAGUCCUGCAUGUGAAACAUCUGUAUUUUUUUUUGAUCAAAUGUGAAACAUCUGUAUGCGGAGAAUAAAGUACUGAAAUUGGUGCUCAACAGGCUACCUUUCCUUAAGGAUCUUGAAAUUUCCCCUUCAUUUGUCAGUACUCCCUCUGAGAAUUUGCUUCAAUCCGUUUGCCAAGACUGUCCUUGUCUCAAGAAACUCAGGCUCAACUGCAGUGAGUCCUUUGACUUCCAUAAUGGCAAUGGCGUGGCCUUGGAGAUAAUCCAUAGAAAGAUCACACCGAUGCAUGACUUACGUUCCAUAGAAUUGUUUCACUGUGACCUGACUACCCAGGGACUGAGAGCAAUCCUUGACAGUUGCCCUCUGUUGGAAACUCCCCACAUUAGUGGAUUUCUAGUGGGUGGCAAGAUGGGUGAGAAGCUGCGGCAGAGAUGUGCUGGAGUGAAGUAUCUGACUCUUCCUGAUAAAUCAGUGAAACUUCACAGGAGUCAUCGUCAUGAUCAUGUCAGAAGACAAGUUCUGGGCCCUUGGAGAUGGACGACUGAUCCUUCGCACGAUUAGACAUGUACAUGCCAAUGUUUGACUAUGGAUUUCCCCUUGAGUGACUUUAGAUUUGUAAUGUAGAUGGUGUUUGGAUCUAUAUGUAAUGGGAUCAACUGUUAUCAGGGACCAUUCUUUUUGGUGAGGCCCUUCUGCGUUGUGCUUCCAUAAGAACUUUAUUUUUGUGGUAAGUGUUUAGCAUGCAUUUUGUAGAAUUUUCAUGCCGUGUUCUAGUUUGUAAAAAAAUUCGGUGUGACUUUGUUAGAAAUUGUUGGUAGAUCUAUACAGUUGAACUCAACUAUGUUGUUUACGGAUUUCGUAGUGUUUCUAGUGGUCAA